AUGCAUCACCCGAGGACUGCGCUCGACUGUGCACGGCGGAUCCAGAAUGCCAUGCCACAGUCUGGUAUUCAGGCCAAUGCUGGCAUUCCUGGCGAGAAACAUCAACCGGAUACCGGUGCUCCAUCUGCUCCUAGCCCGGUCCCCAACUGUCAAGAACAGGUGGACCCGGCUGCGGCAGGUGCCGACGACCUGUGCGAGCAAAGAAAAUCGAGCAGCGGUUGCGUGAGGAAGAUGCGAAGGACUGCCCAUGGUGUACGCUUUAGGAUAUGGACGGAGCUGAAAGACUUACAAAGGGCUUCAGAGGUUGCACAGAACAAUGUGCUCUAA